AACAACUGAGACGAAAGUCGUAAAGUGGAGCACCAGGGAAACAACGCCGUAAAAAAGCAAAAAAAUAAAUAAAUAAAAUAAAGCGCGACACUUCCUGUUUUCCUUUUUUUUUUUUUAGAAAACGGUUUACGGUUGCUCCAAGUGUCAGACGGUGAGUGACUUGGAUAGGAAGCAAGCAAACAAGCAACGGACGAAAUUUAGUGCUGUCUGGGAGACAUUCUCCUCUCGAUUGAAAACAAGAGGACUCCCUUGCAGAUGAAUCGUUAAACAUGCCAGAUCGAGGCUUUCUAAACGUCAGGUGCGGGAUAUUCGCGUUUUACACAGGGGUAACCAAUUCACCUGAUGAUAGUGUCGUGUGGUAGAUGCGUCGUGACAUUGUCGUUACAAGUAUGUAUACACCAUUACUGAGACACAUACUGUAAAGCUUCUGUUAAUGUGUUUUUAGUUAUUCAUAUGUGCAUGAUGGAGAGAGGAUAUAAGUUGUAUCGACACUUGGAGCUGAUAAUGGUCGUGUAACUUAAUGUAAUCAGACGAGAAGAAGAAUGAGAUCGCUUUUCACGUUCGUCAGUUUGCAAUUCUUUUGUAUUUUGUUGUGAAAGUAAGAACCAAUGCGUGAAAAGACCAAUUGAAAACCGGUAGCUGGGAAUUUAUUUUCAACCAGGAAGAAGGACACAGCAACCAAACAAAGACCAGCGCAAUCAAAUAGAUCUCUCGGCUCUUAGGAAAUGGAUGCGAGUGUUUUUAAAAGGUGUCAAACCAAAUACAAACGAGACGUGACUGGCGCUGAUAUUUAAAAUAGUUAGUUACCGAGGGUGAGAACUUCAAAUGACACAAGAAAGGAAUGUGUGACUACUCUUUCAGAUGUGAAAAUGGAAGCCAAGCACAAGGCUUCUGAAUAAAAAGCAUGUUGUCAAAUUGAAAAAAACAAACAGAGAAGACAAAAUUACAUCUAUCUAUAAAAAAUAUAUUUUUCUAGCUUUAAGAAAAAUCAAUACAAUGUGGCUACAGCAGAGACUGAAGGGGUUGCCAGGACUCCUGUCCAGCAGUUGGGCCAGGAGGAUGCUGGUUGGGUUGCUGCUCUUCAUGAUUAUAUACUGGUACCUCAGUUCAGACGGGCUCCUGCGCUUCUUGACCAGCUCUGGGGAGCCUCGCGGGGCCACGGGAGUCUGCCUGCAGUCCCAAAUGCAAAGAUGGAAGCCCCUCGUGGACCGGGGGGAAGGGGUCAUGGUAGCGCCACAAGGCAGGGCGUCUGGACCUGCUGUUGUUGGGAAUGGACGUCUCCUAGUGGACGUUGAGAGCAACAAGCUUUGGGUCUCCUCCUCCCAGCCUGGCACUUCCCCGGUUCUCCUGACUGAGUACCCGCCCUUAGUGGCGCUGAAGCCAGCCGAGGUGCGAUCUGAAAGCCAAGCUGUAAUGCUUUGGUUCCGUAAAGGUUCUGUGCUCUCGGUCCGUUGUCUGCUCAUGGGGCCAACCCAAGGUGAUUGCGUGACCCUCCGGGAAGAGUUCAUCGCACACCGCAGCCGGCCCAGCCUGUACCUGCAGAGGAUUCACAUCUCCAACCCUACGGACCGUCCCGCCACCUUUGAAGUUGCCUCCCUGACUAUGUCCUUUGGGAGCAAGUUUUUGGCCAGCGUCGAGAAGAUCGAGGACCAGGAUAUCAUGUUGUCUACCGGGAGGGUCCUGACCGAGAAGAAGCAGAUCGUGCUGGUCGUGGUGGCGACCAAGAAAAUGGGCAGCAGGCUUCAGGUCGCCGCUAAGUCAGAGUUUGCGGAGAACGUGCUUUCGGUGGUCUACACCUCCGACCCCAUUGACUCCUCAAAGCUGGAAGAAACUUUGAUCAGACUGAGGGAUGGAGCCAGGAGAGAGAUGGGAGACUUGAUGAGAAUGAGCGUAGAGGACCUUUACCAGGAGCAUCAGCAGUCAUGGGCUGACCUCUUCAUUUCAGGUGUGGAGAUGAGAAAGAUCAUGGAUGCCCACACUCCCUCCAGCGACACUGUCAACACCACGCUGUACUACGUGCUUUCCACGUUCACAGCGCCUCUGCUGGACAAGAAGAUCAGCGCAGAGGAGCGCGAGAAGCUGGAGUCCAGCCUGAACUACGCUGACCACUGCUUCAGCGGCCACGCCACCAUGCACGCAGAGAACCUGUGGCCGUCCCAGGUGAGCGGUGUGGCGCACAUCCUGCAGCUGGUCAACCUCUGGAACCUCACCCUGCAGAAGAGGGGCUGCAAGGCCCUGGUGGCAGCCGGGGUUCACGGGGUCAUGCAGGGUAUGGUGCUGAGCUUCGGUGGGCUCCAGUUUACCGAGAACCACCUCCAGUUCCAGGCAGACCCAGAUGUGCUGCACAACAGCUACUCCCUGAGGGGCCUCCACUACAACAAAGACUCCAUCAACCUGGCCGUGCUGCUGGACACGGAGGGCAAGCCUUUCCUCCACCUGUCGGUCAAGCCCCAGGACAAGCAGGUGAAGCUGUACGCCUGCGAGGCCGGCUGCAUGAACGAGCCCGUGGAGCUCACCUCGGAGGUCAAAGGGCACGUCUUCCCGGUCAUGGUGACCCAGCCCAUCACCCCAUUGCUGUACAUCUCCACGGACUUGACCCACCUCCAGGAUCUGAGGCACACCCUUCACCUGAAAGCCAUUCUUGCUCACGAAGAGCACAUGGCGAAGCAGGACCCGGGACUGCCCUUUCUGUUCUGGUUCAGCGUGGCUUCUCUCAUAACCCUGUUCCACCUCUUCUUGUUCAAACUGAUCUACAAUGAGUACUGGGGGCCAGGUGCUAAAGCGCUGUUCAGGAGCAAGCAGGUAGUGAACCCCAGUGACGACUUAUGACAGCCUAGGAAUCAGCCUGCAGUUAAAGUAUAUGAAGAAUCUACAAAGCAACCUGCUGAGUUAUGUUGUCAUGCCGCAGUGCAGAGUGUAAUGUUUGAAGAUCCUACUCUAUCACAAAGGACGAUUUCUCUGUCUUUCAGAUGAUCUGUUUGGGACAUGUGAAGGUUAUAACACUGACAAGGAGACAUUGUCCUAAGUUGUUUUUUUUUGUUUUGUUUGUUUUAAUUUAACAGGAUGACCCGAGUGUUUGAACUAUUUGAAUUUCCAACAAUCCACACUGAAGCAGCGAGAGCCCAGCUUCGAAAAAAAAUACACAGAAGUUUUUCCAAGUUCUUGUUGCGAAUUGUUUAAAAAGGAUGUUGUUAAAUGAUUUGAUCUCCUUGGUUAGCUAGUAAUGUAAAAGUGUUUCAAUAUAAUGACCUCAGAGGGAACGCUUUCCAUGGUCUUGGUAUCACCUUGAUUCAGUGAUGUUAGUUUUAAAAUACAGUGAGAAGGAUUUCUCUGGCUUUCUGUUUGUACAUGCAAUGGCUGUGUGGUUUGAAAGUCUUCUGAAUGUGUGUAGGAGAUGUUAUUUGCAGUCAUUGUUUGUUUGUUUUUACUCAACCAGAAAAUGUGAAAUUAAAUUAACCAAACCAAAAAAAAAGAAAUAUUUAAAAGAUAAGUAACUUUAAAUGUAAUUUUAUUUAUUACUUGUUUUGGCUACAACCUUUUCAUACUACGGUCAGGUCGGGCCAGCAGAGUUGAAAGGGAGAUGCGUUAUGUGAUUUUAUUUUGAAUCAGGAAGUACUCAAAAGGGGCUGGCAACUAGGAUUCCACAGGCUCACAUAAUGAACAGGUGGAUAUGUAUACAAGAUUGGAUCAAAACGACUUUAAAACACAUUAAAAACACACACACACACACACAUUGAAAACGACUUGCCCUUUAACGUAAUAAAAAUUGAUCUGUUUGUCUAGGUUAACAAGAAGAUCAAGCCUGGGCAGUCCUGUGUUGCUUGUUAACUGCAGUAAAAUGUAAUCCCCAUAACACAUCCCCCCCCCCCCCAUACAAGUGAAUAAGCAGCCUUGAAUGUCCCUUUGGGGACUGGUUAAUCCAGAUUUGUGUGUGUUUUGCCUAUAACAGGUUAACAGAACAGGUGACUUACCACAGUGGCACUACUGUGUACAUUUAUCAUGUGAGGAAUAAGCAAUGUAGGGCUUUUCUAGAAAUAUUUAAGGAAUUGCAAAAAAAUCAAAAUAACCGCAUGCCUAUAGCAUCGACUGCAAAAUGAUUUUUUGUUCCUGGUAAUUGUGUAGAGAAUGUAAAGGGGGAGGAGGUGGUGUUCUGUGUGUGUUUUAAUCAUUUGUACAGAUAAAAAAAAAGUGUGCUUUACUACUGGAUAUUCCAAAAGAUUUAUUUUUCAAAAUAUUAUUUUGUAAUAGUUUUUUCUCUUGCAGUAGUUGUCAAGAGUUAAUAUCGGAUUUCUCUGAAACACAGUUAAAUGCAUGAGCAGUGCCUUUUCAUCCUUUUACAAAUCAAACAUUGCAGUUAGAGCGUUGGAGCUGGAUUGUAUUUACUGUGGCUGGCACUAUAGCAACUUAGUGAUCGGUACAAUAUUUACAGUGGGGAUCAUGCAGCGUCACUGGAGCUGUACUGAAAAACCCCUAUUGGUGGGAAAAAAAGAAAAUUAUAUUUAAUAACUUAAAAAAGAUCCACUACUGAAGUUUUCAAUAUGUUUGUUUUGUUUGUCGUCCAUAUUAUUUUAAAUUCAUAUACAUGAGUAAUUAGGACUGUAGGAACACAUAGGACUGAGAGAACACAUAGCCACCUUUUCAGGAACAGUGGCUUGAAACCUGGUUCCAGGAGACCAGCUUUGCUGUAUCAAACCCCAAGUCUCCUCUGGUGUGCCAUGCAGUGGCAUGAAACCUAGUCUCCUGAAACCAAGUUCCAAGCCAGGCUUUGUGUUCCCUCAGUUUAACUGUUCCACAAGUACUCAGGUAAGACGGUUGUGAGGUGGAGGGGACAUCGCAAUGUAAACCAAUGGGAAUGUAUAGUAAAACUGUCUCGUUAACUUUCAUUACAAAUUUCCGUCAUACUUAGUUUUAACCACAAGAGGGCAGGCUACAUAUGGGACAACUCCUCAAAUCCUCUUUCUUUAUCGCUUGUCUUUCUUUCUAUUAUUGUAAUUGUAUUUUACGUUUUGCUUUUGUUAUCAGGACAGUCUGAGACCAAGCCCAUUGACUUUAUUUACUGUGCACGACAUUUGCUAGCUUCAAUUCAUUGUAAAGAAGCUGAAUUACUAGAAACAAAUGCCAGACUUAUAAUGUUAAACUCUCAGAGAAUGGGGUUGGGGCUCCACCGAAUUGUAUGUGCCCUGUUAAGUUUGAUGUAUUGUAAUAAAUGAAGGAAUAUGUCAUUGAUAA